AAUUGAAAAAUAAAUUUCAAACAAAAAUUGUGUAUACAUAUAUUACUUAAAACAAAUUAUCAAUAUUAGUAAAUCCUGCUUUACACGGCCCUUCUAUGCCACCUUUGGUUCCUCCGCUCUCCGAAGAUCUUCAGUCGUGCUGACGCUCACUUCUCCUUCUCCUCCUUUCAUGGCCACCGCCACAUUGUCCUCGACUUCCCUAACGUAUCUCCACUUCAAUUCCUCCUCCUUCUGGCGCCGCCGCUUCUCCAUCUCCUGCGCUGCUGUCCUCGACCGCGGCAUCUACAACUUCGCCGCUGGCCCAGCUACCCUCCCUGAAUCUGUCCUCCUGAAAGCCCAAUCCGAGCUAUACAACUACCGUGGCUCCGGCAUGAGCAUCAUGGAGAUAAGCCACCGCGGCAAGGAGUUCGACGCUGUCAUCAAGAAAGCCGAGUCUGAUCUCCGAAGCCUCCUCUCCAUUUCCGAUGACUUCGCCGUUCUCUUCCUCCAAGGAGGCGCCACCACCCAAUUCUCCGCCGUCCCUCUCAACCUCUGCAUGCCCGAAGACUCCGCCGAUUACAUCGUUACCGGAUCUUGGAGCGUUAGGGCAUCAAAAGAAGCCCAGAAGUUCUGCAAGCCAAACGUUAUUUGGUCUGGGAAAUCGGAGAAAUAUACUCGGAUUUGUUCUUUUGAUGAGAUCCCACAAACCCUAGAUGCUAAAUACCUUCAUAUUUGUGGGAACGAAACCGUCCAAGGGGUUGAGUUCAAGGAUUACCCGAAUCCAAUGAACAAAAGCUCGAUUCUCGUUGCUGACAUGUCCUCCAAUUUCUGCUCGAAACCUGUAGACAUAUCUAAGUUCGGCGUGAUCUACGCCGGCGCGCAGAAGAACGUUGGACCUUCAGGCGUCACCAUUGUUAUCAUCCGCCGAGCUCUGCUUGGCCAUGCGCAGCCGAUCGCCCCCGUGAUGCUUGAUUACAAGGCACAUGCAGACACCGAUUCGCUCUAUAACACGCCGCCCUGUUUUACGAUUUACAUCUGCUCUCUGGUUUUUGAGUAUCUGCUACAUCAGGGUGGGCUUGUGGCGAUGGAGAAGAAGAAUGAGAAGAAGGCUGGUGUUCUAUAUGACGCCAUUGAUGCGAGUGGUGAGUUCUAUGUCAGCCAUGUUGAAAAAUCCGUGAGAUCUUUGAUGAAUGUGCCCUUCACUUUGCAAAGGUCGGAGCUUGAGAAGAAGUUUAUUGAAGAGGCUGCGAAGGAGGGGAUGGUUCAGCUCAAGGGGCAUUUAUCGGUGGGCGGAGUUCGGGCCUCGAUAUAUAAUGCAAUGCCGCUUGCCGGAGUGGAGAAGCUGGUUGCUUUCAUGAAGGAUUUCCAGGCUAGGCACCCUUGAGCUUUACUUACAAAACUACCAAAAUGUAUUUACCACCUCAAAAUUAACCCUCGAAUUCGGACGCAUCACAUCAUCCAAUGCUGCAUUGGGUGAUAUGACGUGACCAAAUUAACAUCUAGACACGUUCGGACACCGCACACUUCCCUUUGCCUAUCUGCUUGAAAUAUUCCGUUGUGAUCUACAUCAGCUGACUAAUAUCUCGACCCGGACACUUGGACUUGGAAUCACAAUUACUCGUAUAAUCCUCGAAAGCUAGAGCUCAUGUAAUAUAUGAGCUCGAAUAUUGGCUCCGGAUCAAGCUUGUAAUUAUAGCUUAGUAAAUUAAGCUUAGAGCUUGUUAAAGAGUUGAGUUUGAACCAGCUAAUUUCCAAGGAAAUAACAUUGAAAAAUCUCCAUUUGGUAAAAAUUAAAAAAAAAUAUAAAAUGGCACAAUUGU